AUGUCUGUUAUCCUCUCCACAACGAAGGGCAGCUUGCUCAUUCACCUCCGCUGCCUGGACUGCCCCAAGGCGUGUUUUAACUUCCUCGCGCUUUGCGCCUCCUCUUACUAUGACGGCUGCCGUUUUCACAGGUGCGUUGCGAACGCCUUCGUCCUGACAGGCGAUCCCACCGGAACCGGGAAGGGCGGCGAGUCUGUGUUUGCGCCGGAGCAGCGGUAUUUUGACGACGAGGGACUCGGAACUGUCCUCCACGACAGUCGCGGGGUUGUGUCCAUGGCCCAUAAGGGCAACAGACCAAAUACGAAUGCCUCUCAGUUCUUCAUUAUGUUUCAGCCCUGCCCGGCCCUUGACACGAAGCACACCGCGUUUGGAUGUGUGGACUUGGCCUGGAACGAUGGUGAGAGUGAGCGGACGCUCAAAAAGCUCGAGGAGCUGCGGGUAGAUGAGAAGUACAACGUACUCGACGAGGGGGCGAGGAUUCUUGGGGCAACGGUGCUGUACAAUCCAUUUGCUGAAGGCCACAUUAAACUAGACGCUUAG